AAAUCUGUUGCCAACUGCCCAGGCCGAGUGUCCGAGGGUCUUUCAGUUCAUUUUAUUCGUUAACGAAGAAAACAACUGAUUCGAUCUGAAACUUUUUCGAAAUUUUCUCUUUCAGACUAUGUGUUAAAUUUUACCAGAUUUAGAAGUAGCUCAAAAUCGUUAGUAGUUCUAACUGGAUAAAAAGCAAAAAAAAAAAAUAAUUAACUCCAGACGGAUAGAUAGACUUACUUCUAUUUUUUGGUUGAAUCGGUAACUGAAUUUGAGGCGCGAUGGCGGAAAACACGGAGUACACGGAUGAGGGGGGCGAGUACGAGGACGAUGAGAACCAGUUCAUCACCGAGCAGCACAUGAUGGAGGAGGGUCCCGACGAGGACCUCUUCUCGAAGCUGGGCGAGUCCUCGGACGAUCCGGAGCAGAAGCGCAUGUACAUGGAGUACCUGGCGCUGAUCAAGGAGAUCGACUGCCAGAACAAGAUCAUCCAGGACAUCAAGACCAACAUAAUGGACAUGUGCGCCAAGCCCUGCAAGACGCGUAACGAGCUGAGGGAGAUCAAGCGGCUGAGGAUCUGCAUGGAGCAGGAGAACAUCAAGCUGCACACCAUGAUGAACCGGGCCGUGCAGCUGCAGAACUUCGGCUCCCACCGGCACUACAAGGAGCUGCCGAUGACCACCACCGUGGACGAGGACAACCUGUCGCCGUACAUGUGCGGCAUAGGACCCUGUCCGCCGGCUGGCAGUGCCACGGAUCCCUGCAGCGACGAGCCCAGCUCCUGUGCCAGUGUCUGUGGAGGAGGAGGUCAGCGGGAUUCGGCCGGACAGGACGAUAAGCUUAUCUGCGCACUGCAAAAGGCCAUGCAGAAGAUGAAGGGCGCCUGCCCGGAGGACAAGAAGAUGAUCGAGGAGAUCGCCUGCGCCAUCAUGAGCUGCAAGAAGCCGCCCGUCUGCGUCCCAGGACCCUGUCCCAAGCCCUGCCCCCCGCCCUGCCAAGGUCCCUGCCCGCCUCCGUGUCCGGAGAGCAGCAGCAGCAGCAUCGGACCGCCCUGUCAGCCUUGUCCUCCUAAAAGGAAGCCCCAGAAGCCAUGCCCCAUGCCACAAGCCCCUGGAAAAUGCGAGUCCAUGGAGAGGCUGAAGCGACGCAUCCAGAGCAUGCAGUCUUCGGUGAAGAAGCUGCUCCAGGAGGUGAGCAACCGGGAUGGUCCGGAGCCCUGCGGCGGAGACUUCGACGACGAUGACGACGAGGAGGAGGAUGCGGGUCCGUGCUCCAGGCCCUGCCCGCCCAGGCCCCCGUGCCCCGAGGAUCCCGAUCCGCUGGUCAUCUGCGGCGGAAAGCGGAACACCAAGGCCGACAAGUACGAGAAGAUGAAGGAGAACUACACCAGGCUGUUGACAGAGUUUCAGCGCAAGGACUGCCAGAUGAAGGAGCUGCAGAAGCGGAUGAAGGGCAUCUGCGGUCCCUGCCCAUCAAAAGGAGGCGACGGGGACGCCGAUGCCGCGGAACUGAAUCUGCUUCGCGCCCGGGUCAACGAACUCAAGGAGGAGCAGCUGGAGUUCAAGUGCAUCAUGAAGGAGCAGUCGCAGCAGCUGGAGGAUUACCGCAACAAGUAUCUGCUGGCCCAGCAAAAGGUCGAGGAGCAGUGCGUGUCCCUGGAGAAACUGAACAUGAACAACAAACGCAUUGAGCAGCAGAUCAAUACGGAGGUCAAGGAAAUCCGGGCCAAGUUCCAGGAGAAGCUCAACGAGCUGCUUCACUUCCCCAAGCUGCUGGAGAACGAGCAACUGAAGUUGGCCCAGGUUUGCAAGGAGAAGGACGAGAUGCAGACGAAGCUGGUGGUCGUCUGCAAGGAGCUGAAGGCCUGCAAGGCCCAGUUGGAGCAGCCCAGCAUCGAUGUGCGUCCCCAGUUGGCCCAGUGCCAAAUGGAACUGACCCAGGCCAGGAACGAACUGGAGGAGCUGCUGCGCCAGCGGGAUCUCUUCUGCGAACAGCUCAAGUCCACCCAAGACGAUCUGGACACGCUGCGCACCGAAUCCGCCAAGAUCAUAGCCGGCACCAAGGAACGCGCCGAGUUGAUCAAGUCCCAGCAGCAGGAGCAGAUCAAUCGGCUGGAGAAGGAGUUGGCCCAGUGCCGAGCCACUGCCUCGCUGUCCGUCAACGAUCGCGAGGCUGUGAUCAGGGAGAUGCAGGGCCAACUGAACACCCUGUCCUACAGCUUCGAUGCCGCGCAGAAACAGAUCAAAACUCUACGCAAUCACAUCGCCUAUGUGUCCAAUGAGAAUUGCUUCCCCGUCAAGUGCUAAAAGUGUAUCGAAUCCUCGAGAGACAUUAAACGCACCGACGUGUCAGUGAAAGUUGUUACAUUCGUUAGUUAACCAUUCAUUUAAAAUUUUAUGUAAUCUAAAUCUCAGUCGACCUAAUAAAUAUUAGUUUUCUUUCGGCCAA